AUGCCUUUGUUAGGAAGAUCAUGGUUAAAGCAUUUUAAGAAUAUACUUGAAAGAUUCAUAGGCAUGAUAGAUGUGGAUGAUAACGUCAAGUUGGCGAAGUUGAUAUCUAAUUACGAAUCAAAGUUAACUAAUAAACCUGUCAUGAAGACUCAAAGAAGGAUUCCUUACUCCAGAAUAAACAAUAUAACUAAAGAAUUAAAUACUUGCCUAGAAAACAAGAUCAUAGAGCCAGUGAAAGACCUAAGAUGGGCGGACCCAAUUACACCAGUCUUUAAAAAUAAUGGGAGUCUCAGGCUUAAAGAAACUGUUAACCCAGCUCUUGAAGAUUUUAAAUACCCUAUACCCAGAAUCAACAAAUUAGCGAGAGGCAAGAUAGAUUUUAAAUAA